AUGUCCACAAAACAUGUCCGAUCAUUCGACGCACUUUCUUGCAAGCCUCUCUCCACUGUUGAAGUUCAUCCCUCGCUUAGCGUCGUACCUCCUAUUGAACGACUCCCGGUUGAAAUCCUCGCGGAGAUAUUCAUCCUUUGUAUUUCUUACAGCGACCAUCCACCAUUAAUCAGCAGAUCGACGGAACCCCCGAUAUCUUUAUGUUGUGUCUGCAAAAGAUGGCAAAAGAUUGCUAGCGAAUUACCCAGGUUGUGGACCGCAGCUCUCGUCUGCACAGAGAGUAUCAAACUGGAAGUGCUGAACGAGUUGCCCCAGUUGCUGUAUAGCUGGUUUUCCCGCUCGAACCAGCUUCCGUUGUCUUUGAAAUUCACUUCUGAUGAUUAUAACGUGAUGAACAUGUUCACCGCCUGUGUUGCUCCAUUUGCCUCUCGAUUUUGCCACCUUGAUGUCGAUUUAAAUAACUUCAUCUGUUCGAGCCCCACGGACCUUCAAUUAUCCGCAUCACAGCCAACACAAACGCAGCUUACUCAUCCUGACAGAUCGUGGUCUACCCUUCAAUUUCUUCAAUUAGAGUCUGCCAUUAUUCGGGGCAAUAUCGAGGUCCACAGUGACUUGGAAACCCCUCUGUUCUCUUUUGCUCCCCGCCUUCAGCGACUGCGCAUGGACAACAUUUCAUUCAUAGGAGGCACCCCGCUGCAGCUUGUUCUUCCGUGGAGUCAAUUGACUCAUCUCAUCCUCGUCAACCUCCUCGAAUCCCAUUUGUGGCUGCAGCUAUUUCCCAUGUGCCCAGCACUUCAGCAUGGUUUAUUUGACGUCUUCGAGGACUUCGUGCCAACUCCAUCGACCGCCGAACGUGCAACAUUCCAUCAUCUCACCGAUCUGACAUUUGCGUUCAAUGACCCAAUAAAUCCCAGCAUUCUCGGUCAUUUCGACUUUCCAGCACUUAAGACUCUGAGGCUUUCAAAUGACAGCUUCAUCAGUUCUGAUGGGGGUGACUUGGACGAUAGUAUGUUCUGGACAGCCACCACACGCAGUCGACUUUAUCAACAAGUUGCUCCGCUUGAGAGGCUUUCUCUUAAUGGAAGUUGGCCCUUUGUUUGUAUCUUUGAAGCUGCCACACAUGUCGUUGAGCUGGAUCUUGACGAUUCUGUUGAUGUAUCUGAAGCAGUUCACUCGCCGCUGAGGCUGCGCCUUCCAUAUGGAUAUUCACUUCUACCGAACCUGAGAGUUCUCUCUAUGAGUAUUAAUUUGGAUUUUCAGAUAGAUGUGCUUGCCGACAUCAUCAUUUCAAGAAGAUCUGUUGAUUGUGGAAUCCGAAUCGAGAAGCUCACAUUAUAUCCAUCUGGAAUGCAAAAAUAUAUGAAAAGGUUAACCGAGAAGCUUCAGCCACUCAUCAACGACGGAUUCAUCGUGGAGAUUUGCGAUACGACUAGUCACUGGUGUAGGCAGCUCGAUCCAACAUGGCGUGAAGGUAUUAUCGAAAUUGAGGGAUGA